AUGGGGUUCGGCCAGUUUGACGCAAUAUGCGCGAAAGCGCCGGUGCCUUUGUGCUCUUUGGUAGGGCCGGCAUCGUCAAUCUCCGGUUCCACGGGCAUUAUAUCCAACUGCUAUGCGCGGAACAUCGAGGUUGCAAAUACCAUCAUAUUCGAGGGCGCUGCGUCCUUCAUGCACAUAAUGGCACUCAGCAUGACGGUGAUCAUGAUCUUGCAUGUUCGGUCCAAGUUUACCGCUGUUGGCCGCAAAGAGAUCAUUAUUUUCUUCUAUAUCUACCUAGCUCUCACCCUCUUCUCUCUUCUCAUUGAUGCAGGCGUCGUCCCUCCCGGAAGCGACCCGUUCCCGUAUUUCGUGGCUGUCCAGAAUGGCUUGACAUCUGCGCUAUGUACCUGCCUCCUCGUCAAUGGGUUCGUAGGCUUCCAACUGUACGAAGAUGGCACAGCUCUCUCUGUUUGGCUGAUUCGAGUUCCCUCCGCUUUGAUGUUCGCUCUAUCGUUUGUGAUCUCGCUGGCGACUUUCAAGUCAUGGGGCUCUAUGGGACCACAGAACACGACGGGCUUGUUCGUGGUGUUAUACCUAUUGAACGCCAUUUGCCUCGCUGUGUACUUGGUCAUGCAGCUGCUCCUUGUUGCAAAUACGCUGGAUGACCGCUGGCCGCUGGGACAUAUCACCUUUGGGGUUUUGGUUUUUAUCAUCGGUCAGGUCCUCCUGUAUCAGUUCAGCGACGUGAUUUGCAAUAAUGUGCAGCACUACCUGGAUGGUCUGUUCUUUGCUACCUUCUGUAAUCUAUUGGCGGUCAUGAUGGUCUACAAGUUCUGGGACUCGAUUACCAAAGAAGAUCUGGAAUUUUCAGUUGGCGUCAAGCCAAAUACAUGGGAGGUUAAGGAGCUGCUGCCUGAGGAAGAACGUCGAACUACGGUCUAUCCUGAUAAUAAUUCGGAGUAUGCGGGCAGUGUACACCACCACCGGUCUUCGGCAUAUGGUCACCACAACUACUGA